UUUAAUUUUGUUGAUCCAGACUAAGCAUAAUUUUGAAAUCCUGAUUAAAUAAAAUUCAAUUUACGGCUUAAUUAAACGGAAUAUCAAUUGAAUUUUUGCCAAAAUAGACAUCAUUACAUUUUCAGUCGUAUUUUGUGCAAAUCACCAGCUUUGCUGCGUCAAAUCAGUUUGAAAAGGGAAAAGAAAAAUGUUAUUUAACUAUAAAAUGAUUUUAAAUUGUUUAUUCGCUUUUUUUCUAGUUCUUAACCACCAUGAAGGAUAUUCAUAUGGUUUACCAGGAAGUAAUGGACUCGAUGGGAGCUCAAGUAGCCAAAUUCAAGAUCCAAGUCAAAACGCAGUAGCCACUGCAGUGAAGACAAGCCAAGACCAAAUUGACUCAGCUGGAGCCACAGCCAAAGGAAUGGGAUCCAUCGAACCGGAAAAAGAGUUAUCAGACACUGUUAAUCAAGAAAAGCCGUCCAUAAACCCUGUUGAUGGUGAUAAGGAUGCAGCAUCCAAGUAUUUAAAUUGUACAAAUGGAAUUGCCGCAAUGGUUGGUGAAAUUUUGAGUGAACAGAUUGAUUCAACAAUGAAGGAAAAAUUCAUUAAGAAAUAUUGUGCUUCUGAAAAGGAUUCUUAAUGGAAGAAUCAACUAGAUGCCUGACGAUGGAAUCAACCUUGAAAAUCCAUGUAUAUAUGAUAAUACUCAGGUAAAUAAGAUGAAUAGGCAGAUAUUAUGGUGGAUGCUCAUUUGGUUUGAAGUAUCACACACACAUAUAAACUUGAAUGAUUUAUAUGAUACAAUAAAUUAACAAUAAUUUGUCAUCAGA